AUGCCCACCUACGAGCCCUCAGCUGUAGAUGAAGAAGCCUGGGAGCAAACUGAUGGCAGCAGCAUUUUUGUGAAAGGCUUCCAGUCUAAACUGAAAGCACUCUCAGUUGAAGUGAGGCGUCUGCUCACCUACAACGCAGGACAGGAGCGCAGUGUGCUGCGUGCCCGAGGGCCAGGCAGUGUUGUGGAGGCAGCUGCUGGCAGCGAGUCGGCUGCCUUGCUGGUGCUGCGUGUGCCGCAGGAGCAUCGAAUUGACUACAAGACCACUACUAUCUUGUUGGACGGCAGAAGGGUCAAGCUGGAACUCUGGGACACAUCAGGGCAAGGAAGAUUUUGCACCAUUUUCAGAUCUUACUCUAGAGGAGCCCAGGGAAUUCUCUUGGUGUACGACAUCACUAAUCGCUGGUCUUUCGAUGGGAUAGACCGAUGGAUAAAGGAAAUAGAUGAGCAUGCCCCAGGUGUCCCUCGGAUCCUGGUGGGAAACAGGCUUCACCUCGCCUUCAAGCGGCAAGUGCCAACGGAGCAGGCCCGGGCUUACGCAGAGAAGAACUGCAUGACGUUUUUUGAGGUCAGCCCCCUGUGCAACUUCAACGUCAUAGAGUCCUUCACAGAGUUGUCCCGUAUCGUGCUCAUGCGGCAUGGCAUGGAGAAGAUCUGGAGACCCAACAGAGUGUUCAGCUUACAGGACCUGUGCUGCCGAGCCAUCGUGUCCUGCACCCCAGUCCACCUCAUUGACAAGCUGCCGUUGCCUGUCACCAUCAAGAGUCACCUGAAGUCCUUCUCGAUGGCCAACGGGAUGAACGCGGUGAUGAUGCACGGCCGAUCGUAUUCCUUGGCCAGCAGCGGAGGUGGGAGCAGCAGCAAAGGUAACAGCCUGAAGAGAUCCAAAUCAAUUCGUCCACCCCAGAGCCCCCCACAGAACUGCUCACGCAACAACUGCAAGAUCUCUUAG